CUGACGCGCGCGGCCCCGUGUGAAGCGAGUGCGCGCACGCAAAGCGUUGAACUUACGUACCCAGCCGCCUCGCGAACGCGCCGUUAGCGUCUGCUAGCACAUACCUGUUUACUACAGUAAAACCACUCCUUAUGGACUGACAACGCAGUGUCACCGUCUCCAGAGGCUACGCAGCUCUUUUGGUGAAGGGCUAUGGCGCAUCAGCUGUCCCUGGAUGCACAAUCCCCUCGAGCCGUCCCGCUCACGGAUCACGACUCCGGAGUGGAAGAUGGAGACGAUGGCUCCCGCAGCCCUACCACAACCUCCACCAUCUUUGUUGCAUUCAAAGGGAACAUGAAUGAUGAGGACUUUCAGGAGAAGCUGGAUACCAUCUUACACGGGAUGCCUGAUAUGCUGUUACUAGGUACUCAGAGGCUCGAACCCGAGCGCGUGGAGCCGUGGAACAGCGUACGUGUCACUUUCAACAUCCCCCGAGAGGCAGCCGAGCGACUGCGCCUCCUGGCUCAAAACAACCAGCAGCAGCUGCGGGAUCUGGGCAUCCUCUCUGUGCAGAUUGAAGGUGAAGGAGCCAUUAACGUUGCUGUUGGACAGGGCCGCAGCCAAGAAGUAAGGGUAAAUGGACCUCUUGGGGCACCUGUUCAGAUGAGAAUGGAUGUUGGAUUCCCCAUGCAGCAGGGCCAGGCUGGAAUGCGUAUGAAUAAUCCUUCGGUGUCCAUGAUGCCUCCUGGGGCUAAUAUGGCAGCACAGGGAAUGGUACCGAAUAGUGGUGGACCAAUGCAGCCAAGAGCACCAAGGCCGCCUUCACAGACAGACACAAUGGAUCCCAUGAUUUCAGGGUUGGCCUUACAGCAACAGCAGCAGCAGCAACAACAACAACUCCAACAUCCUCAAGUGGGACAUGGUCCACUCGGCAACUUAGGACCACAGGGACAUCACGUGCAAGCCAUGCAAGCAAAUCGGCAGCUAAAUCCAGCAGCCCUACAGCAACUUCAGCAACAACAACAUCAACAACAACAACAACAGCAGGUUCAGAUGGCACAACUAGGUGGUGCACGUGGUCCUUUCAACCCCUCCAACCAGAUGCCUAUACCUCCUGGCUGGAACCAGUUGCCCUCUGGUGUUCUCCAACCACCACCUGUCCAGGGUCCUAUGGGACCAGGUUGGAGGAAAGCCCCACCACAACCACAAAUGGGACAGCGUCAACCCUCUUUGACAUCUGUUCAGACGCCCAAUCAUCCACCGCCACCAUAUCCAUUUGGAAGCCAGCAGGCUGGACAGGUUUUCAAUACAAUGGCACAGCAUCAGUUGCAACAGCAACAGACAGGGGCAAACCAGUUUGCAACCCCUCAGCCCAAAGGCCCUCAGGGAGCACCAGGUGUAGUUGUUUCAAGAGCGCCUCCUCCUUUGCCUCUCUCAUCUGCCCCACAAGGAAGCCUUGCAGCUAAGUCCCCUGGUUCGUCGUCAUCCCCUUUUCAACAGGGUUCACCUGGAACACCUCCAAUGAUGGGACAGGGGCAACUUGGUCCGCGUCCCACAACCCCUCAGGGUUUCCCACAAGGUGUUGGAUCUCCAGGAAGAGCCGUGAUGGGCCAGCAAGGAAACAUUCAGCCCGGCUUUAUGAGUAUUCCACAGCAUGGACAGGUUCCUCAAGGUGGAAUGGGAGGUAUGCCUAAACGAAUGCCAAUGGGUUUCCCAAAUGCUCCUGUUAAUCAGAAUUUUGGACAAGGACAGGUUACUACCACUGGAGCAGGUAGUACACCCCAACUACAAAAUAGUCAGAGCAUGGCGAACUCUGGUGUCCAGUCAUCAGCCUUAGCGCCAAACCACAUGCAGUCAAAUCCCCUUCAAGGUGCUGGAAUGACCCACCACAGUGGCAUACCAGCCCAACCCCCAGGCACCACAUCAGGAGGUAGUAUGGGGCAACCUCAGCAAGGUCUUCAGACUCAAAUGAUGGGUGUACAACAAUCACAGCAUCAAACACAGGUUGUAGCUUCUACCCCAAGUCAAAUGGUGCAAAACCAAACGGGGGGCCAGACUGUUUUAUCCAGGCCAGUGAAUACCGGGCAGCAAGGAAUGACCCCUCCUAAGCAAAUGAUGCCACCACAAGGUCAAGGGAUCAUGCAGAACCAAAACCAGCUUGGUGGAGGACAGGGACAUCAGGCAUUAUUGCUUCAGCAGCAGCAGCAACAGCAGCAGCAACAGCAAAAUGCUAUGAUGGAACACAUUGUAGCUAGUCAGAUACAGGGUAACAAGCAGGCCUUCGGCCCAAAAGGUCAACCUGGAGUAAUGCAAGGCCAGAUAAUGAGAGGUCCUUCACCUAGUAUCCAGGGUAAUAUGCCGCAGUUUCAAUCUCAGAUGGGUCAGCAACAGAUGACUCCGCAACAGCAUCAGCAACAACAAAUGGCUCAUUUACAACAACAACAGUUACAGCAACAGCAACUACAACAACAGCAGUUACAACAGCAGCAACUACAACUGCAACACCAGCAGCCACAACAGUUACAAAUGCAACAGCAGCAACAACAGCUGCAGCAACCCCAUCAGCAAAUGGUACAACAACAGUCUCAACAAAUUCCAAUAAAUGGUAACCCCAACCAAGCAUUAGGGAUGCAUGGGCCUCAAAUGCGUCUUCCAGGAAGUCAUCAUUUAGUACAACAACAGCUUCAGCAAAAACAACAACAACAACAGGUGAUUCUGCAGCAGCAACAGGCUGGUCAGCAACAUCAACAUCAGUUAGGAGAUAGUAGUGGAAAUGCUGAUAUCAGCCAACAGAUGGUUCCAGACCUGCAGAAUCAGCAGCAACAGCAGGGUAUGUUGGGGAGUUCUCAACAUUUACAGGUUGGCAAUGGUAAUUUUCCUGGCCAUGGUAUGUCCUUUAACCCUCAGUUUGCUGGUCAGAUGCAAAUGGGAGGCCCAUGUGGCCAAGCAGGUGGAUUUCCAGUGAACAAGGAUGUGACACUAACCAGUCCCUUAUUAGUAAAUCUUCUCCAAAGUGAUAUUUCUGCCAGUCAGUUUGGUCCUGGUGGGAAGCAAGGAACAGGUGCAGGUGCUGCUAACCAGGUCAAGCCUAAAAAGAAGAAACCUCCUCGUAAGAAGAAGCCAAAAGUAGAGGAAGGACAACAGCCUAUUGACAAUCUGUGUGGUCUGGAUUCACUGCCUCAUGGAAUGGAAGAAGUAGAGAUGCAAGGGCUGGGUAGUGAUCAAGGGUCUGGAAUUGACUCUAACUCUAAACUUCCUGAAUUCACUAAUCGACAAGGUCUGCCUGGACAGGCCGGAGAUCAAAGGGUAUUACAGCAGAUGCCUAUGCAGUUUAUGCCCCCACAACAGCAGCAACAGAUGCAACAAAUGCAGCAACAGCAGCAGUUACAACAACAGCAACAACAGCAGCAGCAGCAGCAACAGAUGCAACAAAUGCAACAACAGCAGCAGUUACAGCAACAGCAGCAGCAGCAACAGAUGCAGCAACAGCAUCAACAGAUCCAGCAGCAGCAAAUGCAACAGCAACAAAUGCAAAUGCAGAGUAUGCAGGGUCCUCAAGGUCCUCAAGGUCAAGCUGGAACAUCACAAGGACCCCAUCAUGUCCAGACACAGAUUCAUUCACAGCAGUCAAUGCAGAUGCAACAACAACAUCAACCACCACCACAGCACCUCCAACAACAACUGCAGUCACAGCCACAACAACAGCAACAACAACAGACACAACAGCAACAACAACAGGCACAACAACAGCAACAACAACAUCAGCAGCAGCAGCAACAACAACAACAACAACAAAUGAUAAUGAUGCUUAAAAUGCAACAAGAAGCUAAGAAUCGAAUGCCACUACAGCAAGGUGGACACAUGCCAAAGGGUUUAGUCAAUACUAACGAUCCUUCUCAGAGAAUGCCUGUAUCACAGCCAGGCAACAUGCCUGUAAUGAUCGAUCUUCAAGGCCAUGGAGGUGUUCCACCCUCUCCUGAUAAAGCCAGAGGAAUGCCACUCAUGGUUAAUCCACCUCUCACUGGACCAGCAAGAAGAACACCCCAUUCAGAGGUUGGACAACCAACACCACCAGAGGAAACCCCUGGAAAUCAUAGCGUGCAGGACCGGGUACCCCUAGAAAUGGGUCAGCAAUCAGGAAAUGGAAAUCAAACACUGAUUCCUAAUCAAGGUUCAAAUACUCAUUUAAUGAAAUCUGUGCCUUUAUCAGUGCCCCACCAGCCAGGAGCAAGUCCCCAACAGACAGCAAUGACUGGCUCACAUAAUAUUCACUUUUCAAGCUCUCCUGCAACUUCCCAGAGUUCCCGCCCCAAAACCCCUAACCGAGCCAGUCCCCGACCAUAUCACCACCCUUUAACUCCAACCAACCGUCCACCUAGUACUGAACCCUCUGAAAUAAAUCUGUCCCCUGAGAGACUGAAUGCUUCUAUUGCUGGCCUUUUCCCUCCAAAAAUUAACAUUCCUCUGCCACCGCGGCAGCCGAACCUUAAUCGAGGCUUUGAUCAGCAAGGUCUUAACCCAACUACACUUAAAGCAAUUGGCCAGGCUCCGCCCAGCUUAGCAAAUCUUCCUAUCAACAAUAAUACUAGUGGCAACAAUAAUGGCCCACAGUCUUAUCCAUCAGGUGGUGGCAUGGUAAGCUCCGGAGGAAAACACGACAAACAGAGCGGUAUUGGGCAAGCUAAAAGAGGUAGUCCCAGUAAUAGCCGAAGAUCCAGCCCUGCCUCAAAUAGAAAAGCUGCCACCCCAAGCCCAGGAAGACAGAAGGGUGCCAAAACAUCACUGACAUCACAUCCACAGCAAAUGAGGGUUAGUCCACAGAACGUGAUGGUUAGUCCCAACUCAGUGCUCCCAACUACCUCUGCAUCUUUGUCAUCAGCAGGUCCUGGAGAAUCACAGCAGAGUUUAAAUUCUCAGCAAACCAUACCUGUUAGUGCCGAUACAGUUAGAGAUGGCCAGGUAAUGACUACACAAGCAGAGCAGCAACAGGCAGGUCAGUUAAGAGAGCAGACUGCUUUUAAAAUGGCAAGCCCUCGGGUUUCGUCUCAGGAACCCAGACGACAAGAGCCUAACAAUUUGGUUGAACAGCGUGCUGAAGAUAAGCAACAGCCUCGGACAACACCACAACAUGAACUUGGCUCUGCUGUAUCACCAGCAUUUAGAGAUGCUCCAACAUCUCUGAAUCAGCUAUUGGACAAUACAGGCACCCCAUCUUUGUCAAUGAAAUCUCAAAAUAAUCCUCAAGUGGGUGUAGAACUUGUACAAAAAGAGAGUCCUCAGGCUCCACCAGCUCAGGAGAACCAUCCUAAUCCUGUUGUCUCACAGAGCACAAAUAUUGGUACCUCUUUGUCUUCAAGGGAAAUUGAUCAGAAACCUAAAUCUGCUUCAGUAUCAAGUCCAAAUACUGUAGCCAGUAGCAGUGCAAACCUGCAGACUAUCAGUGCUGUAUCAAGUGUUAGCUCAAACCAAACUGUGCUCUUAAGCCUUACUUCAGUUCCCAAUUCUUCAGUAAGUUCAAAUCACAAUCUUAUACCAAUCUCAAAUGCAUCUCAAACGGUCUUGCAAAGGCCCAUCUCAUCAGCACAAACUUCACAAAAUCAGAUCACAGUCUUUGUAACCUCUAAUCCCAUUAGCUCUGCUACCAACACAGCUUCUGUCGUUCCUCCUGCUGUUGUUUCUAAGGUACUAGCAGUACCCAAUAAAAAUAUAAGACCUCCUGAUGUCCGUCAACAAAAUCCUACCCAAAUGCGUCCACAGUUCAUCACAGGACCUGUGUAUUCAAUAUUUCAAGCUACAACUGUUCCAUCAAGUACUAACGUCAUGUCUCAGCCUGUCACCAUAGUCUCUGCAAAUAUCCAACUUACUCCUACCCCGGUGUCAACUACAUCACCACCCUCUGCACCACCAUCAACAUCUAUGCUGACAAGCUCACCUGCUGUCAGCAUAGCUGCUACUCAGCAGAGCCGCACUGUCAUUGGGCAGCUUCAGGUUCAAGUACCUGCAAGUCAGGCUUCCCCUGUAAACGUAGUACUGUCACCGCAACAGCCAAGCCCUGGAGGUCCCAAACAGGAGGGUGUCUCUAAUGCUAGUGGCCCAAAAUCUAGUCCUGUUGGGCAGACGGCCUUACAUUCUGGCAAGUCCUCACCCUUUCAGCAGCUACUGGCUUCUCCACCUGCUUGCUCUAGCCCAGGGGCUACGGCUGUUUCACGCAGAAGUCCCCUGUCUCCAACAACCAUGUUAGCCAAAAGCAGUCCAGUCCAGACUGUUGUAACCAAAAGUACCACGCCCAGCAUACCUUCGAGCAGUGCUGAUGAUCAAAAAGAGCGAAACCCUGUCACUCAUAUUGGAAAGUCUCUGGAUGUUGCCCCAACUCAAGCUUCUUGUGCAGUUACAUCUGAAACGGUAUCGGCACUCCAGCCCACUGCUCCAGUGACUAUUCCAGCUGCUCAAAUAGCGUCUCAGCAAUCUGCACUUCCUCCAAAAGUGUCUUCUCCUGAACCUGCACCCACUCAUUCCCCAGUCCCUACAACUACACCAUCGUCUAAAAUGCCGCCCCCAGCCUCUACCCCUGGGAUGGUUCACCUGUCUAGCCCUGUUGCUACUUCUUCACCAUCCACUAGUUUGCCUGCAGAUUCUGUCUCUGCACCCACUGCUGCUCCAGGACCUCCCACUACAACUUCCGGCUCCUCCACUGCAACACUUGCACAACUCUCUGGGGAACAGCAGCCUUCUUCUUUGGCAGACACUAGUGUACCUGACUCAGCUGAAACAAAAGAAGCAAUUAUUGAUGCUCCUAGCAUCUCAGUUCAUCCUGAAGCUCCACAAGAAGACCAAGCUUCAUGUGCCCAAGCUGGACAAGGGGUUAACACUGCAGCAGAACAAGGAUGGGCAAAGAAAAGAAAGACGCCCGUCAUCUUAGCCCCAAGGGAUACAAGGGCCACCACUGAGAAAGCCAAAGGUCCUAGUCGACGAAGCUCACGAACAGACAAGGAACCUGAGGAGGAAGCAUCCGACAAUGGCCAGAGAAAAAGAGCUGCUAGGCCAGGCUCAGCGUCCUCCAACACAGGAAAAGAAUCAAACACUGGAGCCAGUCCCACGCAGGCAAAACGAAGGAAGUCAAAGUAAUCAGGACACACAAACCUGUGAAUUGUACUUUAUUUUUUGUUGUUUUCUGAACUUGUUUUUCCUUUUGUUCUAAGCAGGAUAACCAUGUACAGAAAGUUUUCUUCUUCUUCUUCUUUUAAAUCAUGAUACUGUAUUUUGUCUCUGGCUACUAGAUGAGAUCCCGUUCAGAAUUGUGUAUGAUGUGUUUGUAUGUCAUAGUUUUGGUGUGACUUUUUUAUGAUUAAUAAUAUUGAUCAAUUCUGGAUUAAACAUGUGAUGUCUGUAGGAUCACAAUGUAAUAAUGUGACAGAAUUUGUACUUUCCACCCCCAUGUUGUAAAUCAUGAAUUAACUGCAGUUCAAUACUGGUAGAACCCGUCUUCACCCAGUUAGCCCCCGGAUCACAUGCAUUAAACUAUUUUUACAAGUGUA